CAGAGGAAACCAAAACAAUGGAGAAUGAGAGAAAUGGAGAAGGAGAAGAAGAAGUGGAGUUAUCACCAAUUGAAGAAGUUAGAGUAACAGUAACAAACACAGAUGAUCAUACACUACCAGUAUGGACAUUUAGAAUGUGGGUUUUAGGUACAAUGUCUUGCUGUUUAUUGUCAUUUCUAAACCAGUUUUUCAGUUAUAGGAGCCAACCAUUAGUCGUAACACAGAUUACAGUUCAAGUUGCUGCACUACCAAUUGGUCAUUUCAUGGCUAGGGUUCUACCAACUACUAAAUUUCACAUACCUGGUUUUGGUUCUAGAGAUUUUUCUUUGAAUCCGGGUCCGUUUAAUUUGAAAGAACAUGUUUUGAUUUCAAUAUUCGCCAAUGCUGGUAGUGCUUUUGGGGCUGGUUCAGCUUAUGCUGUUAGUAUUGUUAAUAUCAUCAAGGCUUUUUACGGAAGAAACAUCUCUUUUCUUGCUGCUUGGUUACUCAUUAUCACUACCCAGGUUAUAGGAUACGGUUGGGCAGGACUGUUAAGGAAAUAUGUUGUGGAACCGGCUCAUAUGUGGUGGCCUGGUGCCCUUGUUCAAGUUUCUCUCUUCCGGACGUUACAUGAGAAAGAUGAUCAACGAAUGUCCAGAGCAAAAUUCUUCUUGAUUGCAUUAAUCUGCAGCUUUGCCUGGCAGCUAGUUCCGGGAUACCUCUUCAAGACUCUCAUGAGCAUCUCAUGGGUCUGCUGGAUAUUCUCCAAAUCAGCCACCGCACAACAGCUUGGUUCAGGCAUGCAUGGCCUAGGAUAUGGGGCGUUCACACUUGAUUGGUCUGCUGUUGCUUCUUUCUUGUCUAGCCCUCUAAUUUGCCCUUUCUUUGCUAUCGUAAACGUCUUUAUCGGCUAUGUGCUGAUCAUCUAUGUUACAAUCCCAGUUGCUUAUUGGGGUUUGAAUGUGUACAAUGCUAAGACAUUCCCUAUUUUCUCCUCACACUUGUUUACAAACAAAGGAGAGGUGUACAACAUAUCUGCCAUAGUCAACAACAACUUUGAGAUUGAUUAUCAAAAAUAUGAAGAGCAAGGACAAAUCCAUUUGAGCAUGUUCUUCGCACUCGCUUAUGGUUUUGGUUUUGCUACUAUUGCUUCCACUCUCACCCAUGUUGGUUUUUUCCAUGGAAGGGAAAUCUAUGACCGGUUUCGUGCCUCAAAAAAUGGCAAGAUGGAUAUUCAUACAAAAUUGAUGAAGAAAUAUCCACAAAUACCACACUGGUGGUUCUACAUUAUGCUUAUUGUAUCAGUUGCCGUCUCUCUCGUCCUGUGCAUAGUCCUCAAAAAUGAGAUUCAGUUGCCGUGGUGGGCACUAAUUGUUUCCUGCAUUCUUGCUUUGAUUUUCACUCUUCCUAUCAGCAUCAUAACAGCAACGACUAAUCACACACCAGGACUUAACAUCAUAACGGAGUACAUCAUUGGUAUUAUCUUACCAGGGAAACCAAUAGCCAAUGUGUGCUUUAAAACUUAUGGGUAUAUGAGUAUGGCUCAGGCCAUUUCUUUCCUUAGUGAUUUUAAGCUGGGUCAUUACAUGAAGAUCCCACCAAGAUCGCUGUUUUUGGUUCAGUUAAUAGGAACUAUUAUUGCUGGAACAAUCAACAUUGGGGUGGCAAUGUGGCUCCUAGACUCAGUCGAGAAUAUAUGUCAUGAAGAACUGCUACCAGCUAAUAGUCCAUGGACAUGUCCGGGCGAUCGAGUUUUCUUUGAUGCAUCCGUCAUCUGGGGUCUUGUCGGACCAAUGAGAAUCUUUGGACCUCGCGGAAACUAUUCUGCUCUUAACUGGUUCUUUGCUGGUGGUGCACUUGGUCCGAUAUUGGUUUGGCUGCUUCAUAAAGCUUUCCCUCAACAAUCAUUGAUCCCUUUCAUUAAUCUUCCAGUCCUUUUCGGAUCAACAUCUAUGAUGCCACCAGCAUCACCUGUGAACUACAACUCCUGGAUUUUGGUUGGAAUCAUCUUCAACUUUUUUGUCUUUAAAUACAAGAAACAAUGGUGGCAAAGGUACAAUUACGUUCUCUCGGCGGCUCUUGAUGCUGGAGUUGCUUUCAUGUCUGUUGCACUUUACUUCUUUCUUGGCAAUGGAGAUAUCAAGAUUGACUGGUGGGGAACAAGGGAUAUUGAGCAUUGCCCGUUAGCUGGGUGCCCGAACUCAAAGGGUGUUAAGGUUGUCGGUUGUCCUGCUUAUUGAAUCUACUCUUCAGCGUGGAAUUACUAGCUUCUUGGUGUGGGCGGAUUUAAUCUUAGUUUGUUCUACUGAAAGAAACAGUUAUAUUAAAACAAAUAAACUAGCUACAAGACACAAACUACCGGAUAACCCAAUAUGUGCUUGCAAAUAUUUUGUUCUAUAUAUACGUAUAUUCAACUAA